UGAAUGUGGAGGUCUUACAGUUUCCUUUUUCGCCUAAGUUUAAAACUGGCAGUUGGUUGUCUAAACAAAAAAGGCAGAGCUGACAAGUGUUUACAAAUAUCAUAUCUAGCUUAAGCAACAACGGAUAUAUGUGUGUAUAUCUGCUGUGUACGCAUCUUCGCUGGACUGGCCGCUAAAGCUAAUUAGCCAUAAUGUGUCUUCCUCCAGAAAAAGCUUCCGAGUUGAAACAGAUCAUACACAACCAUCUCCUCAGGAUGGACGUCCAUGGGCGAAUCCGAGAAGUCCUGGCAGAGACUAUAAAACACGAUGAAGGCUCGGCGCACCGGCCUCUGUCUGAGGGAGACUUUGUACGCGCUCUCCAACGCCGGGGCAUCAUCGACGAUGUGAUGAGAGACCUCCACUUCACUCAGGAAAGUGCUCCAAAUAUUGAUGCAGAGUCUCCGUCCAAGCCUGCUGAUCAUCAUGUUGACCAAGAUAGUAUGCAUCUUAAGAAAACUAAUCUUGAUCCAUCAAGGCGAUACCUCUAUCUUCAAGUUCUUGGAGGUAAGGCCUUUCUGGAGCACCUCCAGGACUCAGAGCCUCUACCUGGUCAGGUGUGUCCCACGUUUAUGCUCUACCUGCACUUCCGCAACCAGAGGUUCCGCUCCAAACCGGUUCCUUGUGCCUGUGAACCCGACUUGAAAGAGGGUUUCCUUCUAGAGAUCCACAGAGACAGCUUUGGAGACGGCAGUAAGAUGGUGGAUGCAACCGCCAUGCUGUCCAUGUGCGACGCGGUUCACUUGGUGCUGAUCAAGACAGACACUUCCGGUGAAACGACGCUGGUCACGUCCUACUUCCUGGACUGGAGGAUCGUCCUCGGCUCGCCCAGCUGCAAGACGUGCUUCGCCGUGGAGAUGAUGGGAGUCGGAAGUGAGAGUAAAAUCCCAGCAGGUGUUUUGACUGUCAGCCUGGAGCUCUUCCCUCCUCUCCAAGAGACUUUGAACACCGAUAUCAUCGUCACACAGCAAUCGCUGGAGAGGCAGAGGACUGCGGAGAAGGAGAGGCUCUUCUUGGUAUACGCCAAGCAGUGGUGGAGAGAGUUCCUGGAGAUCCGACCGUCCCAUCAGUCCAAGCUGGUCAAGAUCUUUGCCCAGGAUGAGAACGGUGUCAACAGGCCUGUGUGUUCCUACGUGCGCGUCCUCCGGGCCGGACGGCUGCUGGAGAGUCCUCGACAGGCCACCCGAUUCGUCAGCCUGCUGACCCAUGAAAGGGCUCCAGUGGUGGGAGGAGGGGGCAAGCAGGAGCAGUGGUGCACUUUAAUGGCUUUCCUGUGCAGAGGGAAGGGAGACUGUGAGGACCACGCUACUCUGCUCUGCAGCCUCCUGCUGGGCUUCGGGCUGGAUGCAUAUGUGUGUGUGGGCACCAAGGUCAACAGCGGUCCACACACCUGGGUCCUGACCCGAGGUACCGACGGGAGCAUCACUUUCUGGGAGAGUCUGACGGCACACAGGUAUCUGCACCGGCCCAUUGAUCCAGAUGCUCCCCCACUGGUGCCCCAACCCAAACCGUCGUCCCCUUACCGCACCGUGGGCUGCGUCUUUAACCACCAGACCUUACUGGCCAACUGCCAGCCGUCUGACGCGGUGGAGCUUUGUGUGUUUGACUUCCAGAAUCAGUCACGCUGGAAGGCGAUGAGUGAAGAGGCUCUGAAGUCGGUCUGUGCUCCAGGCUCCAUCGCCUCUUUACCUCCUCUGCCUCCUCUCUGUGCUCCAUCUCUGGAUCCUGCUGAGGUCAGCAACCAUUUGGAGCUGGAGAUGCGCUUCCUGGUCUCGGAACACAGGAAGGACCUCGAUCUGGCUACAGUGUGGGACGAUCACCUGUCCUACCUGCUGUCCUCAGCCCUAUCGGCUUAUGAAAUGGAGCGUUGUACCGGCGUCUCCUGCGGCAAUGAGGAGUUCCAGGACGCGGUGAGGAGGGCCGUGCCAGACGGACACACCUUCAAAGGCUUCCCCAUUCACUUCCUGCACCGCAACGCUCGCAGAGCCUUCGCCACCUGCCUCAGGUCGCCAUUCUGCGAGGAGAUUGUGUGUUGUCGUGGCGACCAUGUGAGGCUCGCCGUUCGAGUUCGAGUGUUUGUGUAUCCUGAGAAUGCCUGCGCCGUAUGGAUGAUGUUUGCCUGUAAAUACCGUUCUGUACUCUGACCAGCAGGCAGAAUGUUCGCCUACCUAAUGCCUCGUGUUGCACAUGGACCACAGGGAAGGUUCUACAAACACAAAGCCAGGCCCAGCUGAUGGUCAACAGAACCAGCGGGUCCACAAGAACACUGAACUGAAAUGAACUAAAGGAAUGAUGUUGCUUUGACAUUCAUUUUGUAUGUUAGAAUCUUUAUAUGUAAAAACUUUUUCUGCUAUUUAUAUUUUGCAAAUAAACUGAAAUUUGUCAAACUUA